AUGAUUUUUAGUGAUAAAAUAAGUCAUUCAACAUUGAAUCAUAGUGAUAGUGAAAAUGCAAAAAGGAUUAGCGAAAAUGGAACUGCUGGACACCAAAUUGAUCCGUUUUCAUUCUCUGCACUUCAUUUUAUUAGAAAUCGGUUAAUGCCAACAGACAUUUCACAAUGCUACAACUUACCUUCACCUGGAUCCUUUCCAACUCAGCCUUUACCGCCACUCGAAUCAAUUUUACCAUUAGCAAAAAUUUCAAUGCAAUCAAAAUCAAGUCAAGAAACUGAAUAUUCACGAAAUAGUUCAUUAAUCUCUUCAAAACCAUCAAGUGAAAGUGAACCUUCUUUAAAUUCACCAGUUUUAUUAAACAGUCCAUCAUCAUUAUUCUGCAAUUCAUUCUUAAGAAGACCCAGAGGUGAGAAAAGACCAAUUCCUGAUGAACAGAAAGAUGAAAAGUAUUACGAGAGAAGGAAAAGGAAUAAUGAAGCUGCAAAAAAGUCGCGAGAUGCGCGGAAAAUGAGAGAAGAUCGGAUUGCACUUCGUGCAGCCAUCUUAGAACAAGAAAACAGCAUUUUAAGGGCACAAACAUUGGCACUUCGAGAAGAAGUUUGUACAUUAAGGCAAAUACUAUGCAAUCGUGCGAUUGUAUCAUCAAACUUAUCAUCAGUUAUCUCUUCUAGUUCUUAAGACAAG